AUGCCCUCCGCUAUUCCAGACGGGGGUCUGCAGUUCAAUACGAUUGAGGAGACGAUAGAAUCUUUCAGAAAUGGAGAAUUCAUCAUCGUGCUCGAUUCGCAGGAUCGGGAAAAUGAAGGUGAUUUGAUUAUUGCCGCCGAAGCAAUCACUCCCGCAAAAAUGGCUUUUUUGAUACGCUAUUCGAGUCAUACUCACACCUCCGCCUUAUUUUUCAGUGGCUACAUUUGCGCCCCAAUGCUCCCGGAACUCGCAUCCAGCCUCGAACUGCCGCCAAUGGUCACCAACAACACAGACCCCCACCGGACUGCUUACACAAUCUCGAUCGACUCGAACCACCCAUCUGUUACCACCGGAAUCUCCGCCAACGAUCGCUCUCUGACCUGCCGUUCUCUCGCCUCGGCCGACGUAAAGCCUAGUGACUUUCGGAGACCGGGACAUAUCCUUCCUCUCCGCGCUCGGCCCGGCGGGGUUCGUGAGCGGAGGGGUCAUACCGAGGCAACGAUCGAUUUCUGCAGGCUGGCUGGAAAGCCGGAAGUGGGUGUGAUCUGUGAGCUUGUUGAGGAUGGGGAUGAGGUUGCGCCGAACGUUGCGGAGAGGACGGACUGCAGCAUGAUGAGGAGGGACGGGUGUUUGAGGUUUGGGAAGAAAUGGGGGCUGAAGGUCUGCACGAUUGAAGAUUUGGUGGAGUAUUUGGAAAAGAAGGAUAGCCCGCUUCCUGCGCUAAACGGGAAGCAUUGA